UAUUUGUAGGACAACUAAGACAACUUUAUAUCAUGAGUACCACAAACACAAACUCAAAGACAAAGAUGUUGGAGUGUGAGAAAGAAUUGGAAGUGCUUAAAGAGACUUUUAAAUCUGGUAAAACCAAAGAAGAAUCAUGGAGGAGAUCACAAUUGAAAAAUUUGCUGAGACUUCUUGAAGAGAAAGAAGAUGAUAUCUUCAAAGCCCUCAAACAAGACCUAGGAAAACACAAAGUUGAGGCUUACAGAGAUGAGAUUGGAACAUUAGUAAAAUCUGUCAAUUAUGCACUGGAUGGCUUAAAACAAUGGAUGUCUGCCAAAAAGGCCCCAUUGCCAAUUGCUGCAUUCCCUUCUUCAGCAGAGCUGCUUUCUGAGCCUCUUGGUCUAGUCCUCAUUAUUUCCUCUUGGAAUUUUCCUUUUAGUUUAUCAUUGGAGCCAAUAAUUGGAGCAAUAGCAGCUGGAAAUGUGAUGGUAUUGAAACCUUCAGAUCAGGCUCCUGCAUGUUCAUCAGUGUUAGCCAAGAUAAUUCCCACUUAUUUGGAUAACAAAGCUAUUAAAGUCAUUGAAGGUGAUUAUUCAGUUGGAGACAAACUGUUGCAACAGAAAUGGGACAAGAUUUUUUUUACAGGGAGUCCAAAAGUGGCUCAAAUUGUCAUGACCGCUGCAGCAAAGCAUUUGACUCCAGUGACCCUCGAAUUGGGCGGAAAGUGCCCUGCUAUCAUUGAUUCACUCUCCAGUUCUUGGGAUAAAAAAAUUGCAAUGAAAAGAAUUCUUGCUGGAAAAUUUGGUAGUUGUGCUGGCCAAGCAUGUGUUGGAGUUGAUUAUAUCCUAGUCGAGAAGACGUUUGCCAACGAAUUGGUAGAACUGAUUAAACUUGGCAUUCCAAAAAUGUUUGGAGAAAAUCCAAAAGAAUCAAAUUCAAUUUCAAGGAUCAUUAACAAAAGUCAUUUCUUGAGAAUAAAGAAUCUCUUAGAUGAGCCAAUGGUAAAAGCUUCAGUCAUUUAUGGAGGCUCAUCUGAUAAAGAUAAUCUGUACAUGGAGCCCACAGUAUUAUUGGAUCCUCCCAUGCAAGCUACAAUCAUGACUGAAGAAAUUUUUGGUCCAUUGCUCCCUAUCAUAACAUUGGAUAAAAUUGAGGACAGUAUUGACUUUGUCAAUGCAAGGCCUAAGCCGCUUACUAUAUAUGCCUUUACCAAGAAUGAAGGGUUCAAAACAAAGCUUAUAAAUAGAACAUCUUCAGGAAGUUUGGUGUUCAAUGAUACAAUCAUUCAAUAUGCAGCUGAUACACUUCCAUUUGGGGGAGUAGGACAAAGUGGUUUUGGAAGGUACCAUGGGAAAUUUUCAUUUGAUACAUUUAGCCAUGAGAAAGCAAUUACAAGAAGGAGCUUUCUAACAGACAUCUGGUUUAGAUAUCCUCCUUGGAGUGCCCAUACACUUCAACUCUUUAGAUCUGCUUUUAGAUAUGAUUAUCUUACUGUAGUUCUUAUUACACUAGGACUAAAAAAGGCUUGAUAUAUAUAAAUGUUUGCUCAAUAUGUAGAAUAUACUUGCAAUUGUUUGUAUUUGUAUUUUAGUUAUUAGUUUGGAAUGUAAUUUACAAUUAAGUGUGCAUGUCCAUUUCCAUUCAAAACUCAUAGAAGAAUAAAUGUUUUUAUUGUGAUUUUCCAUUACUCUUACAA